AUAAUGCAUCCAUAAAGCAUUAUAAACGUGGCAAGAAAUAUUAAUAAAAAAGCAUAAAACAUCAUAGCCAUAUUUAUUAUGCAUGAUGAAUGCUUUAUGAAGUUUUCAUCUAUAAUACACUAUGGAUAUCACCAUAAUGGAGUUCAAAGCAUCCUUAAUUCUUAUACCAACCAUUAUAAUGCAUUAGGAUGGUAUCUAUAGUGCAUUAGAGGUGAGAGCUUCAUUGGAGCUUAUGAAGAAUUAUAAUCAACACUUCAGUGCCUUAUGACAGUCAGUAGAAGAUUAUAAUGUAUUAUGAAGGUAUCUAUAAUGCAUUUUGGAUGAUACCUUUAAGUAAAGUUACCAAAAUGAUUACUCGAUUAAUCAUCACAUUAAUCAGUAUAUUACUUGAUUAUUAAUGUAAUCGAUAGUGACAUCCCUAGCCACAAUCGGCACAAUGUUUUCUGUGUUGAACACCUACUUGUGAAUUUAGGUUUCUCCUGUGUCAGUAAAUAUGUAUGUUAUUUUUGUUGUAUGUACGGAACCAAAAAUUAUGUCCUGAGCAGUACAUGAUGAAUACAUGUGCUCUUACAGCCCUAGUCCCUAUGUGGACCAUCUGCCAGAACAUACGUUCUGUUUGUCUUCAGUCUGCUAGCCCAUUGUACUUGGACUCCUCUAAUCACUGCUUGCAACUCUAUUUUUAUUUGUUAUUGGUCAUUAUUUGCAAAGAAUUGAACAUGGCCACAUUGCAAAUAUGUCCACUGUGCACAAAUUUAAAAUAAUUCUUUGCACCUUCUUUAAGAAAUCUGAGCUUAAUAAAAAAAAUCACAUUCACUAGUACCUUGAAAUGGCUCUGAUAACAAAUAAAGUGACUAUUGAUUGUAGUGUGCCCUGUUUUAUGUGGUUUUACGUAUUCUGCAGGUGUUCAGAUCUUCUGCAUCUGGCCGUCCUACAUCCCAAAAAGCUAUCUGUUUUUGCUGUCACAGCCACAGCAGGCAAUGUGGACCAUGGCAUCCAGUACCAGAUUAAGCUGAUGUAUGAGCAUAACCUGCAAAGAACCGCCUGCAACAUGACCUAUGGGCCCUUUGGAGGUGUCACAGGUCACCACUUCAUCUGUAUUCAGUCCAUGGAUGGGAUGCUCAUGUUCUUUGAGCAUGAGAGUUACGCUUUUGGCCGUUUUCUGCCUGGGUUCCUACUGCCAGGCCCACUUUGCUAUUGUGCCCGUACUGACAGUUUCAUCACAGUGUCCUCAGCUCGUCAGGUGGAGAGCUACAAGUAUGAGGCAUUAGCUAUAGCCGCAGACACAGAGAGUAAUCACAGCGUGGAGCAGCAGAGGAACCUCUCUGGGAAGAAGCUUAUGGCGGACUGGACUCUGGUCAUUGGGGAACAGGCCCUGGAUAUUGUUUUCUCCUCUUUUAACCAGUGCACAUCUUCAGUUUUUGUGCUUGGGGAGCGAAAUUUGUAUUGUCUGAAAGAAAAUGGACAAAUUCGCUUUAUGAAGAAAUUGGAAUAUAACCCGAGUUGCUUCUUACCCUAUACCUCAGUGAGUGAAGGGACCAUCAACCUUCUCCUAGCGAACCACAACAGCGUGCUGCUUGUUUAUCAGGACUCAACACUAAAAUGGGCUUCCCAGCUGUCCUGUGUGCCUGUUGCAGUCCGUGUGGGUAACUUCCAGGAUCUGAAGGGUGUAGUGGUGAUGCUAAGUGAAGAGGGCCAACUGCAGUGCUCCUAUAUGGGUAGCGACCCAUCCUUUUUUAUCGCUCCGAAAGCAGAAGCACGGGAAAUCAACUAUGAUGAUGUGAAUAAUGAAAUGAAAACUUUACAGAAGACAAUCAAGGAGGCUACCAAGAUGCAAGACAUCCUUCCCAAGACAAGCCUUGAGGACCAGCUGAAAGUCACAGCCUCAGUCUCUGCCAGCAUGGAUGCCAUUUCUCGUGCCUUGCUUCCAGAAAUUGCUGACAUCCCAGUACCCUCAGUUACUGUAAAGAUCCAAUUGAUGAGCCAUUUGUCAGUGCAGAGCCCCAAGCUGAGUGUGUGCGUGCAACCUCCUUUGGCAGUGACCCAGGAGCAGUUUGUACUGGAUUCCAUGGAUCCCGGCUCCACAUGCAUGGUUCUGUUCUCAGCCUUUCUCAAAGAACCCUACCCUCCAGCGGAUUUAGGAGGACAUGUGGUGGUGACCUACAGUACACCCACCGGAUGGAUUCGUGUGGUCCAGUGUAAAUUUACCCUUCCAUUUCGACUUGUUAGCUGGCCGUCAACUCCAUCCAAUCACGCCAAACACAAAAUCAUCAUUGACACCAACAAAUCUUCAGUCAGUCUUGCAGAACUCUACCCAGAUCUCCUGAUGACAUCUGAAGAUAAGGAGAGCAAUGCUGUCGCCUUCCAACUCAUUGCUGGAUCUGUAGUCACUGUACAGGUUUCCAAGUCAUCUCAGCGCUAUAGAAUCCAGAGUGACAUCUUUGAAGAUAUGUGGCUGGUGACCAAGGAACUCGUUCAGCGCAUUAACGACUAUUUUGCUAAACAUGGAGUUAAAGAUUUUAAGAAGAGCUUUGCGGGACCUGUCCCUCUGGCAGAGUACUUUCAAAUUGUCGACCAUCACUUUGAGGUUUUCGGGAAGGAGACGCUCCCAGCCCUGCCGGAGAUCGACAGAGCCUAUUGUUCCCUGACAGCCAAGCCGGCCCUGGGGCAGAUUCAGCGUCUCAUCAUUCUCCAUUUACGCUGCUAUCAAAUAAAGGACCUUUUGAUCCGAGAGGCUUGGCGGAGAGGGAAGUUGAAUUCCCAUGGUCAACAGAUCCGCAUCAUGGAUGAUUGCUGCCUCAAAGUUCUGAGUCAGCGAUUCAACCACAGGGAUGGCAGAGCUAAAUAAAUGACUCAAGCCCUCUCUACUGCAUCCCUCAUGGCUUCGUUUUACAGAAUUUAGAGUGUUUUACAGGGCUUGCUGCUAUGUUGCUUGGCAGAUAUUCUGUCUUUGGGGAGGGUUGUGCGCAAGGAUUGCUGGGAUUGCUGUGAGAGAGUAGUGUUGAGCUGCAGCGAUUGUUUGGGAUUGUUUUUUGGAGUGUUUUGAACGUAUUUUGAACAUACUGUAUAUUUUGAG